CAACAACUUCACCCUUCACCCUUACAAAUACGAUUUAUUUUCUGUACGAAGACGCCGUAUUUUGAAGGCGCAGUUAACCACAUCAGCGAAUCUAUCCAGAGCUACAUUAGCAGCUGUAGAACCACGCAUCCCAAUUCUAAUCCCGACUAAUUCAGCAAAGCAAACUGCUCGCCACUUUUCAACAGUCGAACCCACGAAAAAUAAACACGGCUUCUACGACAGCGAUUGAUUCUGACCAAAUCAACGUCACCAUGGCGAGCGUUGAGCCCCCGCCUGCAACAGGCUCCAGUCAACCUCCACGCCACCGUCGAGGACCAAGAAGAGGACGGGGUGGAGGAGAAGCAGGAUCAAGAGCUCCAAACCAAGAGCCUGCGAACGCUUCAUUAGCAAUGCGUCCCGCCUCAGUAACACCAGAAUCGAAUCCCGCCCCUGCACAACCUUCGAAUCGAGGGAAUCAUGGCCGACGAGGAGGAUUCGGUCGAGGUGGCAGAAGAGGAGGCGCACAACCCAUGGUCAAUGGCCAAAGAAUAUUCGGUGGUCAACUCACCUCUCCUGCUCCACCCAGCGAGGGAUCUCUGGCAGGCGAUGCUCCUGAGUUCGUCCCUGGCCAACUCGUCGUCUCUCGAGCCCGACCCCACCAACCUCGAAAUCAACCCCGCCCCCGCCGAAUGUCGAAAUCACAAGCCCCAGACAUAGCCACGAGAACACACGAAGAUAUCACAAACGGACAAUACGAGUGCCCCAUCUGCACAAACGAAGUCCUGCCCAAUUCGCGAGUCUGGAGCUGCAAAACCUGUUGGGCAGUUCUCCAUCUCUCCUGCGUGAAGCGCUGGUCUAAGAACGAGGUCUCAACGCAUCAGCAACGAGCCAAUGAGAAUGGCGAGCUGCCACCUCCUAGACAAUGGCGAUGUCCCGGCUGCAAUUUACCUAAGGACGAACUACCGAAUAACUAUACCUGUUGGUGCCAGAAGGAAAUUGAUCCCCACUCCGUCGCUGGCUUGCCACCACAUUCUUGUGGACAGACAUGCUCGAAGCCAAGAGCAGGCCAUUGCCCGCAUCCUUGCGAGUUGAUUUGCCAUGCUGGCCCUUGUCUACCUUGUGGACAUGUGGGCCCUUCUAUGUCUUGCUUUUGUGGUAAAGAGGUGACCGCCAGACGAUGUCUGGAUACAAAUUAUGAGAGUGGCUGGAGCUGUGGGCAGGUCUGUGGGGAUCUGCUUCCGUGUGGAGAGCAUGAGUGUCAACGUAGUUGUCACGAGGGUCUUUGUGGCAGUUGUGAGGUUUUGAUUGAGUCCAAAUGUUACUGUGGAAGAGUUGAGAAGUCUUUACCUUGCUCUGUGAGGGAAGAUGAGAAGGAGAGUGGGGCUGAUGGAAACCCUUGGAUGGGAUCGUUUGAUUGUGGCGCUGAGUGUCGACGACCUUUUGAUUGUGGAAAUCCGAAUCAUUUUUGCAAGAAGGAAUGCCAUCCUCAAGAGGUUCAACCAGCUCAUUGCCCGUUCUCGCCAGACGUGGUCACUCACUGUCCUUGCGGGAAGACUCCUCUUGAAGUCCUGCUCUCGGAACCUCGACUUGAUUGCUCAGCACCGAUACCUCACUGUCAGGAGAAGUGCCAGAAGCUCCUUCAGUGUGGACAUCUCUGUCAACAGGUAUGCCACGCUGGAGAUUGCAGACCCUGUCUGGAAAUGACGCAAAUCUCAUGUCGUUGUGGUCGAACUACAUCUAACAGUGUCUGCCAUCAAGGCACGGAGAAACCGCCAUCUUGUACUCGAGUCUGCCGCGCGACUCUCAACUGUGGUAGACACGAAUGCGGAGAGCGCUGCUGCGCGGGUGAGAAGAAAGCCAGUGAACGCCAAGCCGCCAAACGGAAAAAUCGCAUGGCAGGAGAAGAGAACGUCGAGCCUGAGCACAUCUGCCUCCGAGUUUGUGGCCGGGCAUUGAAAUGCGGGAAUCACACUUGUCAAUCCCUCUGCCACAAAGGGCCUUGUGGCAGCUGUCUCGAAGCGGUGUUUGAAGAAAUCGCUUGCAAUUGCGGAAGAACAGUCCUGCAUCCUCCUCAGCCAUGCGGCACUCGCCCUCCUCCUUGCAACUACGAAUGCACUCGUCGACCAACCUGCGGCCACCAAAAGAUCAAACAUCAAUGCCAUGACGACACCGAGUCCUGCCCUUCUUGUCCUUUCCUCGUCGAGAAACCCUGUGCAUGCGGGAAGAAAACGCUCAAGAACCAACCCUGCUGGCGGAACGAAGUUUCUUGUGGCUUACCUUGUGGCAGGAAACUGAAAUGUGGGAUUCAUUUCUGCCAGAAAUCUUGCCAUCGACCAGGACAUUGCGAGGACGUCUCCACGCCAUGUACCCAACCUUGUGGAAGGAAGAAAACAGUCUGCGAACACAGCUGCUCUGAUCCUUGCCAUGCCCCUUACCCGUGCAAGGAGGCGAAUCCAUGCCAAGCAAAAACAUUCAUAACUUGCGCUUGCCAAAACCAAAAACAAGCCGUCAAAUGCCUAGCUUCCAAGACCUCACCAGGAAACGCCUCUAAAGCCCUCGACUGCAACGACGAAUGCCUCAAGCUUCAACGAAACGCCAAACUUGCAGCAGCCCUAAACAUCGACCCAGCAACCCACCUCAACGACCAUAUCCCCUACUCGACCGCAACCCUCGCCUUCUUCGCCCAGAGCCAAAAGUUCGCCCAGAUUUACGAAAGAGAAUUUCGCGUCUUCGCAGCAGACGCGAACGACAAGCGGCUGCGCUUUAAACCUAUGCCAGCCCCUCAACGUGCCUUCUUGCACGCCCUAGCAGAGGAUUUCGGACUCGACAGUGAGAGUCAAGACCCAGAGCCCCAUCGCCACGUCGUUGUCUUCAAGACUCCUCGUUUUGUCUCCGCUCCAAUGAAAACUCUUGCUCAGUGCGCUAAGAUCCGUCCACAAACCACUACUAUGGUAGAGCCCGCGCCAGCGAAGGUGACAGGGAGUAAGGAGCCGUGGAAUGCCUUCUUACUCAGUAACCCGAAGUUCGGACUUACGAUCGAGGAGUUGCACGCCGAUCUGAAAGCCGAAUUUCAAGCUGCGGAGCUGGAGUUUGCGAUUGAGUUUUUACCGUCUGGCGAUGUGGUGCUUCAUGCCUCAAAUACAGGAUCCUGGAUUCAAAAACUCGAUCAAGCGCUCAUUACGCUCAAACCUGCUGUUUCAAAGAAGGUAUUGGGAUUGAAACUAGCGACGGGAGUUGGUCUUUGUGCGGUUGAUGGGAGCAGCAAUGUUUUGAGGAGGGAAGAUGAGGGGAAGGCAGGGGAAGGGGGAUGGAGCCAUGUUGCGAAGGGGACGGCGAGGAAGGUUGUGCUUGAGGAGAAGGGGGUUGGUGGCAAGAGUAGCUUCACGGUCUUGGGGACGAAGAAAGAAACCAAAAAGGAGAAGAAGGUAGCGGAUGAAGCGGUCGAGGACUGGGAGAAGGAGGUUGAGGGGUGGGGCGAUGUUUGAGUAGAAGGCAGCUAGAGGUAUUAUGAAAUUGGGGAAGUAAUGACGGGAGAAAAUAUUGCAAUGAUUGUGCCGAAUAGCCAUUGGCGGAUGAGGCUGCAAUGCGGCUCUGCACUGCAAUUUUAGCGUCAACGAGAGAGUUGAGGGCCAUUUCUCAUCUCCGCCACUCAACUCGUACUGUACAGAUCACAUCUCGACAUGCCAUAAUCGAAUGCAGCAUUCAAGCCAUUCA